CGGCGCCGAGCUGUCACCCCGGAGCAGGCUGCGCUCCGCCUGGCUGAGCCGGUGCGCCGCGGGCGGCGGAGCGCGGAAGAGCCAUGGCCACUACCAACGGGGCAGUGGAAAACGGGCAGCUGGAUGGGAAACCGCCUGCCCUGCCGUGCCCCAUCCGCAACUUGGAGGUCAAGUUCACCAAGAUAUUUAUCAACAAUGACUGGCAUGACUCCAAGAGUGGAAAAAAAUUUGCCACAUAUAACCCUUCAACUUUAGAGAAAAUAUGUGAAGUGGAAGAAGGAGAUAAGCCUGAUGUGGACAAGGCAGUGGUGGCCGCUCAAGCUGCCUUCCAGCGGGGUUCCCCAUGGCGUAGGCUGGAUGCCCUGAGCCGUGGCCAGUUGCUACACCAGCUGGCUGAUCUUGUGGAGAGAGACCGCACCAUCCUGGCAACCCUGGAGACCAUGGACACUGGCAAGCCAUUCCUCCAUGCCUUUUUCAUCGACCUGGAGGCCUGUAUUAAGACCUUCAGAUAUUUUGCUGGGUGGGCAGAUAAAAUCCAGGGCAAGACCAUCCCCACAGAUGACAAUGUUGUGUGUUUCACCAGGCAUGAACCCAUCGGGGUGUGUGGGGCCAUCACACCAUGGAACUUUCCCCUGAUGAUGCUGGCCUGGAAACUGGCACCUGCCCUGUGCUGUGGGAACACAGUGGUCCUGAAACCAGCGGAGCAGACACCCCUCACUGCCCUGUAUCUCGGCUCUCUCAUCAAAGAGGUCGGGUUCCCUCCUGGUGUAGUGAACAUUGUGCCAGGCUUUGGGCCCACAGUUGGAGCAGCAAUCUCCUCUCACCCUCAGAUCAACAAGAUAGCCUUCACUGGAUCCACCGAGGUGGGAAAGCUGGUUAAAGAAGCUGCCUCCCAAAGCAACCUGAAGAGGGUCACCUUGGAGCUUGGGGGCAAGAACCCCUGCAUCAUUUGCGCAGAUGCAGACCUGGACUUAGCCGUGGAGUGUGCUCACCAGGGAGUGUUCUUCAACCAAGGCCAGUGCUGCACAGCCGCCUCCAGGGUGUUUGUGGAAGAGCAGGUCUACGGGGAGUUUGUGAGGCGGAGUGUGGAGUAUGCCAAGAAGAGGCCCGUUGGAGACCCCUUUGAUGCCAAAACAGAGCAGGGGCCCCAGAUUGACCAAAAGCAGUUUGAUAAAAUCCUUGAGCUGAUCGAGAGUGGGAAGAAGGAAGGAGCUAAACUGGAAUGUGGGGGCUCAGCCAUGGAAGACAGAGGGCUCUUCAUCAAACCCACUGUCUUCUCAGAUGUUACAGAUAACAUGCGAAUUGCCAAAGAGGAGAUUUUUGGGCCAGUGCAGACAAUAUUAAAGUUUAAAAGUCUUGAAGAAGUGAUCAAAAGAGCAAAUAGCACUGACUACGGUCUCACAGCUGCUGUGUUCACCAAAAAUCUCGACAAAGCCCUGAAGCUGGCUUCUGCGCUGGAGUCGGGAACAGUUUGGAUCAACUGCUACAAUGCAGUCUACACACAGGCUCCAUUUGGUGGCUUCAAAAUGUCUGGAAAUGGCAGAGAACUAACUGGAUUGAACUUAGAGAAUCAAGCAUGUGAGGCAAAUACUCUACCACUAAGCUACAGCCCUGUCCUAGGACUCAUCUUUUGUAAACUACCUCAAACGAAGCCACCAGAGUGCAUGUGGUCAUUUGUCUCCUCUGGUCUUCUGUCAUCAGUCAGGCAGGUUGUGAGGACAAAGGAAUAGCCUUUCCUCCAGAGGCCAGGAAGGAGCCAAACUCUAGUCACCAAAGUGAUUGUCAUUGGAAAGACAUAGGGGUGACAGAAAGGCAUGUGGGUCCACCCACCCCUGGCUUACCCUAGCUCCAUUGAGGAAUCACUGUGUGGUUUUCUUCACCUGGCUCCCUCAUAUCCCCCUGGCAGGGCCAUCAGCUUCUGGCCUGAUGAAGUGAGUGUCGCAGAGCACCAUCAUGUUUCAUCCUGACAGUUAGUUCCUUGGGGACUUUCUUGAAUGUCUGGGUUGGGUUUUUGUUUUUGUAUCUUUGGUACAUAUAUUCCGAAGGCUUUUGAUGUAAUAUUUAAAAAUCAUUCAUAAGAAGCCUGGAAACUGCCUUGAAAAAUAAUCCCCAUUUUCAGUUGUUUCUAAUUAAUGUCUUCAUGCUGCAAGAAGUUCCUCUUUUCCUCACUGGAGCACCGUGGGGUGGAUUCCAUGGUUUUCCCCAAACUGAUCACUGGGGUUGGGCCAUCCACCCAUAGGCCUCUCUAGGAUGGUUUCUGGGCUAGUCUUGGGAUGGAGCCUGAAAUGUUUCUUUUUUCUGGGUGCUUUGCUUCUUAGGUCUGUACUUUACAAUAAAAAUAAGACACUAAUGAUAACCAAAAGACACAGAAACCUCCAACAACAGAGAUGUGGAAGGUCAAGGCCUUCCUCCCCUGACCCUCAGUUCCAUUUGUUAGGGGAAUGAACCACUGCUGAUUCAUUUCAUUCAUUCACUCAUUGGUUCGCGUGGCAAAUAUUUGUUACGCAUCUCUGUUGCUCCAAGCAUGAUGUGAGGUUCUGAGUGUCAGUGAACAGCGGGUUUAUCAGUCCUGGUCCCCAGUGAUAGUUCAGGGAGACUUACUGGGAGAAAGUCUGGGCUCAUGCACAACCUUGGUUGCUGAGGUUAAAGAGAAUGGGUGAGAAGCUGAUUAGGAGACACCACACCACCUUGAAUGAAGACAGCAAGAACGUGAACUAGAACAACAAAUGAGGAAAUAGAAUGUGUGCUUGUUCUUACAAGAAUGUCAGUCCUGCUGGGCUUAUUCAACAGCACGUUUAAUAGAGUUUAUCACUUUUCAUUACUAAGUCAACAAAUCAUUAACAACUUUGAAUUUUUGAAAUACAGCAUUAUUCACUCAUUUUUAAGUUUGUGAUGUGUUUUCUACUCAUAUUAUGUGUACAAAAUCACACAUUCUUUUCUGUUUUCAAAUGAAAUGGGAGCAAGCUACUUUUUUAAUUUAAUAACCACAUAUUUAGAAGAAGCAUUCCAUUACAACAGCAUUGACAUAUUCAACAAUUUCCAGAUCUAAGGUGCAUCUCUCUCAAAAUUGGCUGUAAAUUUUUAGGUUUACAGUUGAGUUAAUACAGUUAUACAGUAUUGUACUCAG